AUGGUGGAGGAACAGGCCGGCCGCCACGCGACAAGGAGGACGUCUCAACAGAUAGAUAGGGAGAGCAGUGGCGGCGCUAAAAAAACUAAUGCGUCCGUCGCGCCAGGCAUUGGGCAGAAAAAAGCGGCGCCAAAAAAGGUCGAGCGCGGUCAAGAGGAGUCCGGCAAGAAAGCGGAAGACAAGGAGCCUAAACCAAAGCCACGCAAGCGUGUUUCUACAGUGCGCAAAGAAGCGGAUGUUGCCUCUGCUGGAACCGAGCCCGGUCCGAGUAACGACGGCACCACUGGCGGCAACAAAGAUACGGGGCGAGGGAGCGCGAGUCUUGCAGUCCCGUCGGCGGAGAUAGAGGGAUCGGCGACAGGGGGAAACCACGGAGGCGAUCCCCGCGCCGAGCAUGCCGUAACCAAGGAGUCCGAGGCGGCGGCAACGCAACACCAUCUGACGCUGCUCCAGCCGACCGUGGUCGAAGUUUCUGCAGCCGUGCUGGAUAAGGACAAGGUGGGGGAGCACGAGUCGGAGGGGCAGACGACAGGCAGUGCUGACGACGCCGGAGGCGCGGAAGUUGGGACAACGCGAGGCGCCAAGGAAGCUAGUGGCAAGGCAGGCGGUCAAGCAUUGCGCCAGAAGGGCCGACCCGCAGCAAGAAAAACAUCCGGCGGAAGGAGAGGCAAGAAAGCAAUGACGGGGACGAGGCAAAAACGGGGCGAUGAACACCCUGGUGAUGCGGAGGAGGAGGAAGAUGAGGAGGAGGAUGCGGAGGAAGAGGAGGAUGAAGAGGAUGCGGAGGAGGAUGACAGGGAUGUUGGGGAGGAUGAAAAAGAUGAGAAUGAUGGCGGGGAGGACGAAGAGGAGGGUGAGGAUGAGGAGGAGGAGGAGGAGGAGGAGGAGGAAGAGGAGGAGGAGGAGGAUGAGGAGGAGAAGGAGGAGGAGGAGGAGGAGGAGGAGGAGGAGGAGGAGGAGGAGGAGGAGGAGGAGGAGGAGGAGGAACAAGGUGACGACGAGGAGGAUGAGGAGGAGGAGGAGGCAGCAGAGGAGGAGGAGGAGGAGGAGGAGGAGGAGGAGGAGGAGGAGGAGGAGGAGGAGGAGGAGGAGGAUGUGGCGCCAGUGAAGGGAUGGGGCGGGCGUGGCAGACGGAUGAGUGGUACAGGGAAGGUGGGGGGCCGGACUCGCCCUUCCCGAAAACGCGGGGCAAUUAACGCCGCGCGCGGCGAAGCAGCGGGCAAAUAG